UAAAAUCUAAAAAUCUCGAUUUUUCGUCUUCUCUCUCUCUAGGGUUUAAGCGCUCUCGAACAGUGAUCUUUCACUGAGCUCUUUCAAUGGCGAACCCUAAAUCCGUCGAUGCGUCCCUCUGGUGGGAUCCGUUUGGCUCCCUUCUCAGCGAACUCGAGAAUUCAUCUCUCUCUGAUGACCUCCCUCAAGCCAUCGCGGAGAAGUUGGAGAAAAACCACGCGUGGUUCGUUGACACUCUCUCAAUGUUCAAGUCACCGAAUGGGAAAUCAAAAGAUGCUUUGAAUUCGGAUGUAGUCAAAAUCAAGGAGCACCAGUUGGUGAUUAUGCCUGAACUAAAAGAAAAAGCGCUUCGAAUCAGCUCUUAUCUGAAUCUAGAUGAAAUCCAAUCAUAUAUCCUCGUGGAAAGAUCUAUGGAGCAGGAAUAUGGAACAACUGACUCGGUAGCUCAAGAAUUCGUUGACGUGGUAUUGCUUCAGUAUUACAUAGAGCGACAGUGCCUACUAAAGUGUACAAAGCGUAUUCUCAUCCAUGCCUUAUAUACAACAAGAGAAGAAAAUACUAUCAGGGACGAAGCUAUAAAGCUGAUCUCAGAUGGGCUUGAAAAACAACAAUCAUCAAUUCUUGAGGACCUUUUGUCAUCUUCUUUUCCACAGCAGAUGGAUGCCAAUCUAUUUACUCUGUGGGCGGAGGAGACACUAAUUGAGGACAAUUUGGUUUUAGAUAUUAUUUUCCUUCUUUACCAUGAAUCAUUCUAUACUUGUAAUGGAGAAAGAUGGGGAAAACUGUGUUCCUUAUACAAGGGAAUACUUUUGGGCUCCUAUAAUUUUAGGAAGCUGGCAGUGUCAGCUGAAGCACAGCUUUCUGCAUGUCGUGUAAAAAUUCAGUUGUUGAUGAUUCUUAUAGACACGCUGGAUAUGGAGAAUCUGUUACAAAUGGUUCAUGACGGAGUACCUUUCAGGUCUGGCCCUUGUGUUUUUUCCAUUAAUGAUGUCCAAGAUAUGGAUGCAACAAUCUCUAGCCUCAACACUUUGGAAGUAAAAGAGGCAGGACCUCUAGUCCUUGCCUGGGCAGUGUUUCUGUGUCUUAUUUCAUCACUUCCUGAGAAGGAGGAAAGUCCGUUCCUGAUGGAGAUAGAUCACGUGAGCUAUGUUCAUCAAGCUUUUGAGGCAGCAUCCUUGAGCUAUUUUCUUGAAAUUCUUCAGAGAGACGUGUUGAAUGAUUUCAAUGGGCCAGUCUCUGGGUAUCGUAGUGUCUUGAGGACUUUUAUUUCAGCAUUUAUUGCGUCUUAUGAGAUCAAUAUUCAGCUGGAAGAUGCCACCCUGGAGUUGAUACUGGACAUCCUUUGCAAGGUUUAUCAGGGAGAGGAGUCCCUCUGUAGUCAGUUUUGGGAUCGAAAAAGUUUUGUCGAUGGCCCUAUUCGGUGUCUUCUCUUUGAUUUGGAGAGUGAAUUCCCAUUCAGAAGUGCUGAAUUUAUUCGUCUCUUGUCGUCCCUGAGUGAAGGAAGUUGGCCUGCUGAAUGUGUGUACAACUUUCUGGAUAAAUCAGUCGGGAUAUCAACCUUAUUUGAUAUUACUAGCGACUCUCUAGUGGAUAAUGCCUCCCAGCUUGUUGAAACUUCCCAGCCGUUGCAUAUUCAAGGUCUUGAAGGUUUAGUUAUUCCCAGCAAUACUCGUGGGCGAAUGCUGAGAAUAAUCGGUGAAGAUACUGGCCUUGUACGGUGGGAGUUCUCAAUAUCUGGCGUGAUAGUGUUAAUCAUCCGUUUGGCCAAUGGACUCUACACUGGUAACAAUCGUGAAGCUUUUGCGACUCUUGAGCUAUUUCGUCGAAUGGUAACAUUUAACAAGGGUGUAUGUUUCUCCUUAUUGAAUAUCAAUCACUCCUUUCAUGCUCACGAAUCUUACAUGAAUGGGAAGAUGGAAAGUGAUGUGAGGGUGGUUGAUAUAAUUUGCAAUUCAGUCAGAAGCUUAACUUUUGACACUAGUGGUGCAGCUGUGAUGGCAAUGGCUAUUGAUAUCUUAGCAAAGCUGCUGCGAUGUUCCCCAUCAAAUGUUGCUCCCAUGGUUUUAAAGGCAAAUAUAUUUGACAUGACUUCAGGGCUAAGCGUCCUAGACAGUGGCUACAAUAUGUCAUUGAGCGGAUCAUGGUCGCUCUCGGGGAAACUGGCAAAGAUGAUCUUGAUUGACUGCGAGAAGAAUGAUACAAGCCGCCCGUUGGUCAUAUCAGUUCUGGAAUUCACCUUGCAACUUGUGGAGGGAGGACUGGAGGAUAAUUUAGUUCUUGCUUUAAUUAUUUUCUCUCUGCAGUACAUUCUUGUUAGUCAUGAGUUUUGGAAAUACAAUCAUCGAAAUAUGCGUUGGAAUGUGACACUAAAGGUCACUGAAGUGAUGAAAACGUGUCUCAGAUUCAGUAAAUUCUCCACAAAGCUGAAGGAUGUUCUCCUUAAUAUCUUGCUGAACGAUGCCUCUGUUCACAGUGCUCUAUUCCGAAUCAUUUGUACGACUACGCAAACUUUAGAGAACCUUUGCGUAAGCCGUUUUAUUGAACCAGCAGAGAUUGAAGGAUGGCAACUUUCUAUAGUCUCUGUUUUGGAUGUUUUAGACAUCACACUCUCCCAGUCUUCGGAGAGUACACAUUCUGGUCUUUCCGUGUUUCAUCAAGCUAUGCUGUCGUCUACAACUAAACCAAUCUCAGUUGUUGCAGCUAUCACAUCACUGAUAUCUUACUUCCGCAAUCCUACUAUACAGCUUGGUGCUGUUAAAGUGCUCUCAAAAUUAUUUGCCAUGGCAGAAUCAUCACAAUUUUAUAUAAAAAGCAACGCAGGCUUUGGUCUAGACGAUAAACAGAUUACAGAUUUAAGAAAUUCGGUUAGCCAGAUUGUACUUGAUCUAUCGGGACAAAAUGAAGAUCUAGUCGUUGCCACCAUGAAACUACUAACUGUUGCGGCAAGAUAUCAGCCUGCUCUUUUAGUUGCCAUAUUUGAUUCAAACGAAGACUCAGAUGCUGUUAACUUUAAACAGUCAAGCAAAGAGGUUUCCUCAGUUCCUGAACUGGCUUGUAAAUCUUGCUUAUUGCACAUUAUCUUGCGAUAUGUUGAGAGGGCAACUGAUUUUGUCAAUAGGCGCACGGAUAUAUUACUGAGUUUACUUGAUUUCCUUAAAACCCUUUGGCAAGAGGCGGGCCAAUACAUGAAUAUCCUGGAACCAUUUAAGGCAUCAAAGAAGUUGUGGGAGGAAUUUUCCAACAUCAUAUCACAGGGGUGUAAGCUAAAGGAUUCGUCAGUUGGAAGUUUAGGCAAGGAAGAAAUCUCUAAAUUAUUUGUGAAAUAUCAGUGUCAGUCUUCUGUUUUGGAAAUUAUGGCCUCUAACAUGUUUUUAAACAAGAAGCUGUUGUUUGCGGAAUCACUUAAAAAACCAUGCUUGGGGCCAAAAGAGAAGACAUAUAAUGCAGUAUCUCCAUCCAAAUUAACUCCAACAGCUGAUUCAGAUCCCAAGGAUAUCUUUUCAAAAUGGUGUGACAUAUCUGUUUUAGAUUGCCUUAUCCAGACAGUCUCUUCUGUAGAUGGUGAAAGUGAAAGAAACUUCCAAGCAAAGGUUGCUGCCGUUUUACUUACUGUGCAUUUGGUUGUGAAACUGGAAACAUCUGGCGCUGGAGCAUUAUCUAUGGCUUUAGUUGGGAAAAUCAAACUCAUAUCGGAAAUGCUUUGUGCCCAACCUGCUUUUUCUGAGUUGUUGGUUCAAUAUUCAAAACUUGGCUAUAGCGGAGGAAAGGCGUUGAUGCCUUUGAUUCUCAGCGAUCUAUAUUGUCAUCUACAAGGAAAACUUGAAGGUCGUGAAAUCCCAACUGGUCCAUUCAAAGAGCUUUUCCAGUUUCUAGUUGAGUCGAGCUUUUGGGAGAAAUACAAACAGAAAACUGAUAAGGACAAAGAUAUGGCUUUGGGGGACAGUUUGUUUGACACUCAGCAUAUACGAACGGAAUUAGGUAUUGAUAUUUGGGAUUUCUCCGAGUGGAAGUCAUCUAAAACGACAACAGAGGAGUUGUUGAGUUACAUGCAGAGAGAAAACUCGAUAGUUCUACUCACAACUUCGCAGCUCUCUGUUUUGCAUGCAUUGACAUCAGUCUUGAUACUUUACGAGGACAAUUCUCUUGAAGAAAGUGCGGCUGUGGAAAGGAAAGUCCCUUCUCGAGUCGCUAUUUCAAGCAUUAAUGAAGUGUGCCAGAAAUUCUGCACCACGGUUGAUUCACUUGCGUCGCUCUGGAAUGCACCCAAGAUCGUGUUUGACAUACUUAUUGCACAGGCAGACUUACUAUCCCGUCUUUUGAAAUCCGCCAAGAAAGAUCUGCCGUUAUCAAUAUGUGCACUUGUUCUGAAAAAUGUUGGGCCUUGCCUCAAAAUCCUCGGUAGUUUGAGGCAUUCAAAUGCUUUACUGAAGAAGGCGAUAAACCUCCUGCUUGAGGUGUUGCUCCUUGUUGUGGAUUUUGGUUCAGACAGCCCAAACACGAGUGGCAUAGGACUUAUGGUGCCAGCCAAAGAUUUUGCAGAGAUAUCAGAUGCAACAAUUGGAUUAUUACCCCUUCUCUGCAACUUCAUGGGGAAUCCGGAGUACUUGACUCUCUGCCUGACAACAGUAGACUUGAUUCUCAGAAUAUUUUUGACCCCAGAGACAUGGUUCCCUAUUAUACAGAGUCAUCUCCGCUUGCAGCAUGUUAUUCUACAGCUUCAGGACAAAAAAUCCACGGCAUCCGUUUCAGCAAUUAUGAAAUUUUUCUUAACUAUUGCUCAAGUUCAUGGUGGUGCUCAGAUGCUUCUCAACUCCGGAUUUUUCUCGACUUUAAGAUCUUUGUUCAUUGACUUGCCGGAUGGAAUGUCUACUCUGCUAUCUGAAAACGAAAAGGACUCGCUGCUAGAAAAGACAGAGAAACCUCAACAUAUCUGGGGAAUCGGUUUGGCUGUGGUUACGGCCAUGGUUCAUUCUCUAGGAUCCGUAUCUGUGGGUGCUGAUAUUGUGGAGAGUGUGAUAUCUUACUUUUUCUCAGAGAAAGGUUACAUGAUCUCAUAUUAUAUCGCUGCGCCGGAUUUCCCUUCUGAUGGCCGUGAGGCCCGUGACAAAGUGAGACCACGAGUUCAAGGGACAUGGACUUCCCUUGCUUAUCUUAGAGAAACUGAGCAUACUCUCCUUUUGAUGUGUGCAUUAGCAAGCCAUUGGAGAUCAUGGGUUAAAAUAAUGAAGGAGAUGGAUUCUCCAUUAAGAGAAAUGACUAUACAUCUCUUGGCCUUUAUCAGCAAAGGCGCUCAACGCCUCAGAGAGUCUCAGAUCCAAACAUCUCAUCUGUUAUGCCCUCCAGUAGUGAAAGAAGAGUUUGAUUCCUGCAAAAGACCGUCUUUCAUCAACAGCAAACUCGGAUGGUUUGCUCUAGCACCUUUGGUUUGUGUUGGGAAACCCAAGCUCGGUGCUGUAUCAAUCUCGACUGCUCUAGUUGCUAGGGGACAAACGACAGAGCAUCCUGGAUCUGUUCCUCAAUCACACUUUUCAGACUUGGUUGCGGUACAGAUUUAUAGAGUGGCUUCUCUCUUGUUGAAUUUUCUUUGUUUACAAGCAGAGGGUGUUGUUAAACGGGCAGAGGAAGUGGGAUAUGUUGAUCUUGCUCAUUUCCCUGAGCUUCCAGAGCCGGAGAUUUUGCACGGUCUACAGGACCAAGCCAUGGCGAUUGUCGCUGAGCUUUGUGAUAAUUACAGUCCCAAAGAGGUUCCUGAUGAAGUAAAGAAGUUGUGCCUUUUGCUGCUCCAAAUGACAGAGAUGUCGUUAUACUUGGAACUCUGUGUUGUUCAGGUUUGCAGGAUCCAUCCAGUUUUUGGCCGUGUAGAUAACUUCUCCAAAGACUUUAAAAAGUUAGUGAAAGUUGCAGAAGAGCAUGCCUACUUGGAACCGUCUAUGGAUUCACUGAAGAAAAUAGCUGUGUUUCUGUAUCCCGGAUCGCUAUAGGGACGAACUUUACAUUCUUCACAAUAACCAACCCCACGUGAAACAGAAUCUGGUACGUAUGGUUUAGAUUCCCUGGUGAUUUGAUGCGCAUUGAGUGCCCCCAUGGUAUUAUUCUGUGUAUUAUUUAUGUGCUAUGUAUAAAAUUAUUCUCAAUUUUUUUGGAAAAAAAAAAAGUAUAGCUCAAACUUUAAAAAUGUUCUCGGGUCAUGCUGACCACUCCUUUUAAGGCCGCUCGUAACGCCGUUGCUUUCAUUUGAUUAAUCGAUUACCG